AUGCUGACAUUUGGCCCACCCAUCGAUGCUGGUUCCUCCGCAACACAGAACGAUCAUCACAGCAAAGUUACAAGCACAACAAAACUCUCCACAGACCGAUCUCCAACUCCCAACCCAAAACGCAGCAGCGGCCUCACACCAACCGAGAUCAAAUCAACGAAAGACGCCAUCGAUGAUCUCCUCGCUGACAUCGAGGCUGGCGGCUUCGCGACUGCUUCCACUAACCAGACAUUUCCCGAGCUUGAGGACUCCUUCCAGUACCGAAGGCCCAUUACGCUGCCCGAGCCCGUACACGUCAAGCCGUUUAUAAGGCCCACGACACCGAAUAGAAACAGCAUGAAACCUAUGGGUCUGGGUCCUGCGUAUGCCCCGCCAGUCAGUUAUUCUACUAAGCCGAAGAUCUCAGAUUCGAGGAGUCGCAGUGCUGAGCCACGGCCCAGGAGGCCAGUGAUGUCGGCGAGCGAUACCUGGAAGAGGUUGGGAAGCUCGACGUACCAUUUCGUUGAUGAUGAACGAAUGUAG